AUGGGUUCGGAGGCCAUUGAAGGAGUAGGAGUAGGUCAGGUUUCAGAAGGCCUAAAAUCGUAUCACAAAUUAGUUCGUUAUAGCGGGGUUUUGGAGGUGUCAUGCGGUCGGCGUUAUCCUUUUGCGUGGAAGUGGCACUGGCUUCGGUCUAUUAGAAGUAUUUCUACUAGACCUAGUAGUAUUAGCAAUAGUAUUUCUAGUAUUAGCAUUUCUAGUACACGUAGUUGUAGUAUUUCUAUUAGUCCAAGUAGUAGUAAUAGCAGUGGUAUUUCUAGUAGUCCUAGAAGUAGUAGUAUGUUUAGUAGUCGUAGUAGUUGCAGCAACAGUAGUAUUUCUAGUAGUCUUGGCAGUAGCAUUUUUAGCAGUUCUAGUAGAAGAAACAGUAGUAUUUCUAGUAGUCUUAGUGGUAGCAGUAGUAGCAAUUCUAGUAGUCCUAGUAGCAGUAGCAUUUCUAGCAGUCCUAGCAGUAGCAGUAGUAUUUCUAGUCUUAGCAGUUGCAGUAGCAGCAUAUCUAGUAGUCCUAGUGGUAGCAUAGCAGUAGCAUUUCUAGUAGUCUUGGCAGUAGCAGUAGUAGCAAUUCUAGUAGUCCACAGUAGCAUUUCUAGUAGUCCUAGUAGCAGUAGCAGCAUUUCUAGUAGUCUUAGCAGUAGCAGUAGUAGCAAUUCUAGUAGUCCUAGUAGCAGUAGCAAGUUAGCUAGUAGUCCUAGUAGUAGCAGUAGUAGCAUUUCUAGUAGUCUUAGUAGCAGUAGCAAUUCUAGUAGUCCUAGUAGCAGUAGCAUUACUAGCAGUCUUGGCAGUAGCAGCAGUAGCCGUUCUCUUCCUCCUCCUGCCCAUUUUAAUCCUCCAGUUUUCCUUAAUCAGUUUCCCCGAGGCCUUAAUUGA